AGAGAAUGCUGUCGGUAUACGAUAAAGCCAGCGCCAAUGGGCGAAGAGGACGCUUCCGUCGAUGUCGGAUUCUUUAAAGUGUGGUGUUCUACGCACCGAGUCGUUGAUAGAGAACUUCCCACUCGUAGUUUAUCCUCUUCCCUCUGAACGUAGUCGUUUAACGCAGUCGUUUUUUCAACCCAAUCUCGCAAAAUUUCGAUAUCUAGAGGAAUUGUGGGAGCCGUGACAAAAAGUUGCAGUCUUGGUUGCUGGGAUUCCAUUUCUUUGCUCCAUAUUUUUCCCUCUCUAUUUUCUUCUGAUGUAGCCUCACCUAGGUAUCUUUCUUCUGCUUUUCCUGGGGGUUCUCCUUUCGUUGCUUGAGGCGAUCCCAAAGUGGCCGCAUAGUCUAAUCUUCGCGCUGAAAGCUGGUUCUUUUGACUCUGGGAGAGGUGAGGUUGCUCCUUGUUUCGGUGCUUGCAUUGGUUUUCAAUCCUUUUCUGAUCUUUUUAGGCCGUUCUGAGACAUUGGAGGUUUCCGUCGAUGAAAUUGUUCUUGGUCUUGAUCAGAAGUUUGUGGUUUGAGGGCAUUUCUUCUUCAAAAUCCCCCUUUUUGAGGUCGUAAAAUGAGCCUUCGAUGGUUGAUCUGACAUGAGGCUUUCAUCCUGCAAUUGCCACUAUCCCCUAAUCUGCUGCUGCAAGUCAUCCUCCCGCUAUUACCCGCCUUGCCCUCCGAAGUCGCAAUGGGGAGAUGCCGAAAACGUUUCCUCGAGCCCUGCUCCAGCUUCGACCAUUUUGGCGAAGAAGCCUUCUGAAGAAAAGGUUGUGGUUGAGCAGACCAGUCCCGAGGGCGGGAAAGAUGAGAUCUCGCUGAAGAGCAGCCUAAAGAAGCCAAGAUCAUCGGAUUUAGAACCGUUCGGAAAGGGAAAUGUCAAAUGGUUGGACUUACUGGGGAAGGAGCUUGUUGAGAUCAAGGAAUUUGAAGCAAUUGAGUCUGAAGAAUCAGAGGAUUAUGCUGAUGACAGCACAGCUUGCAUUUGUGUUAUUCAAUGACAAUAAUUUACUUCUCUGAGAGUCUUCCCGGAAAAGAACUAGCGAGCAUCAAUCAUCCAGCUGCCAUUAAGAUCUGCUCGAUGUUCUGAUUCUGCGAGUUCAUUUUUGUCGAGAAUCGAUUAAGCCAUCAACCAUCCAGCUUUCCUGCUCUUUAAAAAGUCCUUUCAAGGUUGGAAGAAAUUUAUCCAAAUCAAGCAGAUGCUAUUGGUCUCAUUGGCAUCCAGCUCUGGAGUUGGAUGCAGUAGAUGCAGCAGUUCAUACAUUGGAUGCAGUUGGAAGCCAUUGAUGUCUCUGACGUCCAACCGAAAUGCAGAUGUACUUUUGGUGCAUUUCAUAUGUUGGAUUCUAGCUGAAGUGAUUGUUCAUUUUUUUUGUUAUUCUUUUUCACUUUGUACUUGUUGAUCAGUUGAUAUUGGUUUUAAUUUUUCUUUUCUUCAUGAAGAUGAUGCUUGCUGUUUCACUCUCGA